GACGUUCCUGUGAGAGUGUUUUUUUAUUGCCUGGAUUUUCUGUGCUUUGCCUGGAUCUCCUGAGAUCGCACCUGGAUUUACAUGCACGAUUUGAUUGUUUUUUUUGGGAGAAUUCAGGGGAGAGAAGAAGAGUGACUUUAUUGGUUUUCGGAUGAACUCUUGGACACUCGAGAGAUUAUAUUCUGCAGGACAAAAUCACAACGCGCCCCCCAACAAUGUGCCUUCAACAAGUGCUUAAUAAAACUCCGCUAAAUGUGACAAUUCUGUGUGCCUAAAAACUGUAGCCUUAACGGUUGAAUCCGGAUCAGCCCGAAAGGACUGAAGUGAAGACUGAACCAGCGCUGAAAAAUGUCGAUAGUGAUGCACUGUGUGGCAAGAUAAGGCGGAAUAUUUCACCACUUCAGCGCCCACAAUAGACAUCAUUCUCGAGAUUGUCCGCCGCAUUCGGACUUUUACUGCAUUUUCUUCUUAUCAGCGGGAUUUGAAGAGAGGACGGAAUGAAGCGACAACUGCGGAAGUACUCCACCAACUCAAUUCCCGCUCCUCCUCCGGUCAGCAUGCCUGGGCAGAUGAAUUGCGCGGUUGCGCGCACGCCGGAGCGCCGCUCGUCUAGCAACUCCGACUCCUCCGUGGAGCCGAUGGACGUGAGCUCGUCCAUCAAUCGCACGGCCAACUCCAGCACCGAGGCGUCGUCCACGGCGGCGUCUAACAAGCUGGGCAGCGAUCACAACGACACGGAGCAUAGCAACGACUCCGAGACUGAGUACACGAGUCACACGGUGGUGCGGCGUGAUGGCCUGCGCCAGAUGGACACGAGCAUCAUGAUCAUGCGGAAGAAGCAUCGCUACGGCAAGAACAACAACAGUGUGCAGUACGGCUUCGAGGAGCGGCCGGAGGAGGCCGAGGGCAAGGUGGGCGGCAAUCUGAGCCCCGGCGAGAGGGCGCCGAGCGAGAGCAUUGGCAAAUUGUCAAUGGGUGAGGACAAGAAGUACAUUUGUCCCAUUUGCGAUUCUCUCCUUGACACGCAGCAUGAAUUCACUGAACACAUCCGAGGCCACAACAAUUGCGAUGACUCCCAAAAUUUCACCUGCCGUCUCUGCUCCAAGGUGCUCUCGUCGGCCUCAUCUCUCGAUCGUCACGUGCUGGUCCAUACUGGCGAGCGUCCCUUCACGUGCAAAUACUGCCACGUGACGUUCACGACGAACGGCAACAUGCACAGGCACAUGCGGACCCACAAGCAGCGCGGUGAGGGCGAGAGCUACGAGAGUGACGGCUCCACGGACUCCAGCGGCAGCAGCAACAACAACUACCAGAAGCGCCCGGACGGGAAGCGCAAGAGCAGCGAGAUCGAGGACGUGGCGCCGAAUCAUCUCAAGCGAAAGAUUCGCACGAUCAACAACAACAACAUCGAGCCGGCGACGAAGAUCGUGUCGCAGAGCUUCUGCUGUCCGGUGUGCGAUCUCAACAACUUCUCCUCAAUGGUGCAUCUGGAAGCGCACAUGGACCAGAAGCAUCCGGACGUGCCGGCCAAGUGCCGGUGCUGCGACGUGGUGUUCAAGAGCUACAAGCUGCUCAAUGCGCACCGCUGCAGCGCCAGUCGCUCGCAGAACAUCAUGCAGGGCUUCAAGGAUCUCACCUUCGUGGACUUCUCGUCCGAGAAGUUCCCGCUGAUCGCCAAGUCGGUGUGCGAGCAGAGCAUCCGCACGCCCAUCGCGAGCCAGAAGUUCGAGUGCUCCAAGUGCUAUCGCGCCUUCCCCUGCGCCACGGCCGUAGAGAUUCACACGAAGGAGUGUGGCGAGAGCGUCCAGGACUUCAGUGUGCGCCGCAAUCGGCAGAACAGCGAGACGAGCGAGGAGGAGGCGAAGCGCGAUGACUUCUUCGCCAAUCUGGAUCUGCAGAACAAAUCGAUGACCACCACAACGUCCACCACGUCCAGCGGCGCCGUGACGCCGCAGUCGUCCGUGUCGCCGUCGCCCUCCGAUCACAUGGACAUCAAGGAGGAGAUGCUGCGCACGCCCAUGCACCACCAGGACUCGAAGGACCUGGCCGACAUUCAGUCCAUCAUCAAUGUCACGUCCUCGGGGCAGUUUCUGCGCCAGCUGGACAGACCGGCGCCCGCCAAGUCCAUUGAUCUCAAUCUGUCGCUGGGCUCCAGCAAGGACGAAGAGGAGGCCCAGGACGCCUUCACGGCGGAGUUCCGCAAGAUGAAGCUGCGCGGCGAGUUUCCGUGCAAGCUCUGCACGGCCGUCUUUCCCAACCUGAGGGCGCUUAAGGGCCACAACCGCAUCCACCUGAGCGCCGCCGGUGCGGGUCCUUAUCGCUGCAACAUGUGUCCCUACUCCAUCCACGACAAGGCCGCGCUCAUCCGCCACAUGAGCAGGACGCACAACGGUGAUCGACCUUAUGAGUGCGCCAUGUGCAAUUAUGCGUUCACGACAAAGGCCAAUUGUGAGCGUCACCUGCGCAAUCGGCACGCGAAGAGCACGCGAGAAGAGGUGAAACGCGCAAUUAUUUAUCAUCCAUCUGAAGACUCCAGCUGUGAUGAUCCGUCGAAGAAAUUGCAGCUCUUCGGCUCGCCCGACUUUGACGAUGACGAUCACAUGUCCAAAGAUCGCACCAGCACGCCCGUGUCGCAUCUGAAAGAGAUGCUGUUGCCCACGAUGCUACCCAUGGAGAAGCCGCUGAAGAUCCAGGUGAAGAGCCUCGAGAAGCUCAUCCACGCGUCCAAGUACGACGACGAGGAGGAGGAUGAGGAUGAGGAGGAGGACGAGCCGAAGGAGGAGGUGCGCGAGGGCGGAAAGCCCGUCGAUCUGUCCAUGGAUGCGCUGGACCUCAGCAAGAAGAGCUCGUCGUCGCGCGACGAGAAGGACGCCCGUGACUCGCCGUCGCCGCAGCCGAAGAUCGAUCUGGCGGGCCAACAGAUGCUCUUCGCCCAGCAACAGCUGUUCAAUGAGACCUUCUCCAAGAUCGAUCCCACCCACUUCUUCCAAUUCCAGCAGUUCUAUCGCAACCUGGCCAUGUUCCCGCCCGGCUUUCCGCUGCAGCACUUCCUGCUGCAGAACAGCCUCAUGGGCCAGGCGUCCGGCGCCAAUCCCAUGAUGGACAUGAAGAACUUCUUCCAGCCACCCAAGGACGUGCUGCAGGCCGGGCCGGCCGGUGGACUCCUGCUGAAUCCCAUGUUCACGGCGGCGGCCUCGAGUCCGCCGCUCGGGAAUCACCUGGGCAGCCAGAAUAGCUCUGGCGCCGCCAAUCACGGCAGCGCGGCGAAGAGCAGGGACUUGUCACCCAAGCAGCCACCGCAGAUGUCUCACGCGCCGCCGCCGCACCAGUCCACCGGCCCGGUGAAGAUGGUGAUCAAGAAUGGCGUACUGAUGCCGAAGCAGAAGCAGAGACGCUACAGAACCGAGCGGCCCUUCGCCUGCGAGCACUGUUCGGCGCGCUUCACGCUGCGCUCCAACAUGGAGCGCCACAUCAAGCAGCAGCAUCCACAGUUCUGGGCGCAGAGGCAGAGAAGUGGCCACAACAUGAUGCGCCGCGGCGGUGUGCCGACUCAAGCACCAACUACGCCGCAGACGAACAAUCACGCUGUGCCGUCGUCGCCCAUGGCGGCCGCCCCGAUGCCCUCCGGCGGCACUUUCGGGGCGAUUUCCGACCACGUGAAGUACGCCAUCCUGGCGCAGCAGCUCAAGAGCAGGGACUCCGGCGCCAAAAUGCCCUUCUUGCCCAAUCUGCCCAGCGGACUGGUGAGCGGCGUGCCGUCGAGGCCCAGCAGUCGUCACGUGGAGGACGAAGAGGAGGAUCCGCAACUGGUGAUCGACGAGGACUCGCAGCCCGAGGACUUGUCCCAGCUGCAGCCCCAGAAAGUGGUCGAUGAGCAGAUCUUGGCGGCGAAGAAAGUUGCAGAGAACAUCCUGGAGCAGGCGAUGAAGACAACGACCGAGAAGCCUUCUCCUGCUCAGACCGUCUCGUCGGAUGCGCGCGACUCCAACGGCAAGAUUGGCGUGAAGACAGAGAACGGAGCGAAGGGCUUCAACAAGGAGAACCUGAAGGAAGAGGGAGAUCUCGUGUCGGUGUCCAAACUGGUGGACAACGCCACGAAUCCCAUGGCUUUUGGAAACUACUUCAGAUCCGAUCCCAAUGCCCAGGAUCACAGCGAUGAGGAAGGCUUGGUGGCGUCAGGAAGUGCUUCUGAGAGCAACAAUUCGGGCACCGACGAUCCCAAUCCGUCGCCUGUGCAGCAGAAGAAGAAGUCCGCUUACAGUUUGGCGCCCAAUCGCGUCUCCUGUCCCUACUGCCAGCGCAUGUUCCCGUGGUCCAGCUCCCUGCGGCGCCACAUCCUCACGCACACUGGCCAGAAGCCCUUCAAGUGUUCGCACUGCCCGCUGCUCUUCACCACCAAGAGCAACUGCGACCGCCACUUGCUGCGGAAGCACGGCAACGUAGAGUCCGCCAUGUCGCUGUACGUGCCCAUCGACGAUGUACUGGAUCCCACGAAGAUCACGCGCGACGACGAACCGUCAUCCGUCGAGGAGGCGGCGCCGAAGUCGCCCGAGGAGGCGCCGUUGAAGAAGGAGAGCGCAGAGGUGAGCUCGCUGAAUCUCUCCGUGCCGCAGCUGAAGUCCACGGCCAUCGAGACGCUGGGGCUGAUCAGCUCGGAUCUGCCCUUCAAGUGUCACCUGUGCGACGGCUCCUUCCCGGACAGAGUGAACUGCCUGGAGCACAUCAAGGGCAUGCACACGCAAGAGUUCGCCCUGCUGCUGGCCAAGGGUGCCAUUGAGGCGGACGCGGAGGCGCAAACGGCCUCGGCUGAAGAUGACGAGAAGAACGAGGCCAAGGGAAAGUAUCCGGAUUACACGAAUCGCAAGGUGAUCUGCGCCUUCUGCAUGCGCCGCUUCUGGUCCACCGAGGAUCUCCGGCGCCACAUGCGGACGCACUCCGGCGAGCGGCCGUUCCAGUGCGACGUGUGCCAGCGCAAGUUCACCCUGAAGCACAGCAUGCUGCGCCACCAGAAGAAGCACAACAUCCACGGCGGUGGCAAUCAUCAGCCGAACAGUGCUCACAGCGCCUCAGAUCUCUCGGACGACGAGGCGACGAAUCCCACAGUGGCGCCGUCCAUCGCCAAUCUGCCCAAUCUGCUCAAGAUACCGGAGUUCAUGGAGUGGAAGAUGCAGCAGCAGCAGCUGAAGCAGGAGAAGCUACCCGAGGGCAACGGCGCCAGCAUUCUGGGGCUGUUGAUGAAGCAGCAGCACGAGCAGGCGGGCGAAGGCGAAGCGUCGGAUCUCAUCGGGAAUCUCCUGGGCAUCAGCGACAAGGGGAUACUCAACAAGGUGUUACAAUCGUCCCCGGACGAGGCGGCGAAGCUGCUGGGCGUUGAGAAGUAGGGCGAGCUAAUCUCGUGUCUUAGAAUUCGUAGAAGAAGAACCGAUAAACCAAUCGAAAUUUAUCUAGUCAGGAAUUUGAACAAGAAAAAAGAGGGAUAAAAUUCGCGAUUUCAUUUAUUAAAUAUACAACGACUUUCUGUGCUUUCUACGGGACUUUUCGUACAUUGAAUAUUAGUUGUUAAAAGAAAACCGAUCUUGUAAUAAGCGUUUAAUUAUGUAUCAUUUUGUGUUUAAACGAAAAGAAGAAAAAAAAUGUCAAGUGAAAAGUCUGUCUUGAGUUUAGAGAUCCUGUCUUAGAGAUGUGCCUAUUUAAAAGCAUAUAUGAAUCAAUAUUACAAGCUAUAUAAUUCUAAUAUAUCUUCUAUAAGUUAAGGAUAGGAUUAAUAAUAUAGAAGCAAAACAUUUUCUAUAUAAUUGAAGACUAGUUUAAAUAUACGACGAAACAAUCCUAUGAAACAUAUUUGCAAACGAAUGUGGACGAAAAUCAAAAUUAGCCCUAAUGAUGAGCUUUCUGUGUGUUGUAAAACUUUAGGAUAAAUUUUAAGUGGUGUUAAUUACCUUUCGAAACUACAGAAAUUGCGAUGAUACAAAUUGAGUGGAAAGAAAAAUGAUUAUUUUUGUAGUUGAUGAAGCAAAAUGGAAAGAAAACUGAUAUUUUAGUAGGACUAGAAAUCCACUUUUUAUUUUUCUUCUCCCCUUAGUUUUCACCCCCAAUUUUUCCAAUGUGCCCUCAAAACAAUUGAAUAGAAAAGAAAGAGUGGCCUUUCAGACCAAAGUGGCUUAAUAAGAUUAGAGACAAGAAAAAAGCGUUAGAGUUAAAUCGAUGAAGAGUGCUUGUGAGAUACAAAACUUUUCGCUUUUUGAACGAAAACACUUUUUAAUAAUGUUAAGGAAGGAUUUUUCGAACGAAUUGUGCCAUUUUUCAGACGCACCUGGCUUUUGAUUUCCCCCCUUUUUUUCUUUAAGAGAGUAAUAAUAUGUAAUAAUAAUAAUGGGAAGAAGAAGUAGUUGAGAGAUUUGCACCGAGUGGCACAAGACGCUUUUCUCCGCGGCGGCGCGAAAGUUUGCGCGCGCGAAUAUUUCCAAUUUUAGUAGAAGACUUUGUAGAGAUGUGUGGAAAAUCACAGUGAAUUUGUCAAUAGAAAUGAUUUAGGUAGUGAAAUAAUGGACUACAGUUAAUAGUAAUACUUUAUCAUUCAUGCAUGUCAACCUUGUGUAAUUAAAGUAAUUAAUUUAUUGUGGAAAUAGUGAGAAAAUAGCGACAUUAAUACAGCAUUUUACCAAAGUUGUAGACGCUUUCUUUGAAUAUUUCAAAACUAUCCCUAAAAAUAGAGAUAUAAAAAAGUCAGACUUUGUCAAAAGAAAGAAUGGGAAAUUUCAUAAAGAAAAGGAAAGGAAAAAAACAUGUAAAAUUAUAUGGAAAUUAUUAUAUUAUUCAUGAAAGGAAAACAGCAAAUACCAAAAAAUAUCGUAUCAAAUCAAAAGAAGUUAUAAUUGUAUCUUAAUAUGAUAUAAUAUUAAACUUAUAGAGAGACAAAGAUUAAAUUUUUGGGAAAGAAAAGAAAAAAAAA